CUUCUCCCUCUCAUUUCCUUUCUCAUCAUAUCAACUCCCCUAAACGACGAUGAACACAACCAUAAGCCUCACCAUGCAAGAAGGCGGCGGCGGCGGCGCUGACGUAACCCUAACCAUGGCCAACUGCCUCAUGCUUCUCUCCCAAGCCACCACCACCUCCAACCUACAUCACCAAUACGACGUCGCCCCUCCCGACCCGAGCCGCAUCUUCGAGUGCAAGACCUGCAACCGCCAGUUCCCUUCCUUCCAGGCCCUCGGCGGCCACCGCGCCAGCCACAAGAAGCCCCGCCUCCCCACCACCGGAAGCUGCUACGACGUCGUUUCAUCGUCGUCGUCACCGGUGAAGCCGAAGACCCACGAGUGCUCCAUCUGCGGGCUCGAGUUCUCCAUCGGCCAGGCCCUCGGCGGCCACAUGAGGAGGCACCGUGGCAGCUCACGCGCCGGCGGGUCGUCGUCGGAGAGCCACGAGAGUACUCCGGCGGCGCCGCGAAAGAGGGCUAGGGUUUUGAUGACGAUGGGGUUGGAUCUCAACUUGACGCCGUAUGAGAAUGAUGCGAGGAUGUUUGAGCUUGGCAAGGCGGGAGCUAAUAAUUAUUCUCCCAUGGUGGAUUGUUUUUAUUGAUUUUUUUUUUGUUCAUGGAGUUUUCCAUUUUUGAAUUAGCUUGAUUAAUUAAUUAUUAUUAACAUUAUUUAUGCAGUUGAGUUCACAUAUUAAUUUCUUGAUUUGUUUAUAUAUACGGUUAAUCCUUGAACAUUUUUAUUUUAAUUGCUUUUGUUGAUGUGGGUUCUCUGCGUCACGUUGAGAUCAGGAUGACGGGAAAGGGUUAUUAAUUCGGUGGUUAAUUAAAGGCUGAAAUUGAC